AUGUCGCAAGGCAUCAAAAUAGUGCCUCUCGGCGCUGGUCAAGAUGUGGGGAGAAGUUGUAUUCUGGUUACGAUAGGUGGAAAGAACAUAAUGUUUGACUGUGGGAUGCAUAUGGGCUAUUCUGAUGAAAGACGAUAUCCAGAGUUCUCAUACAUAUCCAAAUCCGGAGACUAUGACACAAACUUGGACUGCAUCAUUAUAUCCCACUUUCAUCUGGAUCACUGUGGAUCCCUUCCACACUUUACCGAAAAAUGCGGUUACACCGGGCCGAUCUACAUGACAUAUCCCACGAAAGCCAUCUGUCCCAUCUUACUGGAAGACAUGCGGAAAGUGUCAGUGGAGCGCAAAGGCGAAAAGAACUUCUUCACCAGCGACGACAUACGCAACUGCAUGAAGAAGGUGAUACCCGUGGAUCUUCAUCAGACAAUCUUCGUAGAUGGGGAGCUGGAGAUCAAAGCAUACUAUGCUGGCCACGUUCUCGGGGCUGCUAUGUUCCAUGUGAAAGUGGGGAAUGAGAGCAUCGUUUACACUGGCGACUACAACAUGACGCCAGAUCGCCAUUUGGGUGCUGCCUGGAUUGACAAGUGCCGACCUGAUUUGCUAAUCACCGAAUCGACGUACGCCACUACGACGCGGGAAUCCAAGCGCACGCGUGAGCACGAUUUCCUCCGAAAGGUGCACGAUUGCGUGAGCAAAGGCGGCAAGGUCCUCAUCCCCGUCUUUGCAUUGGGCCGCGCGCAAGAACUAUGUAUCUUGAUUGAGGCUUAUUGGGAACGCAUGGACGAUCUUCGCGGGAAAGUGCCGGUGUUCUUCUCGGCGGGAAUGACGGAAAGGGCAAACGAGUACUACAAACUGUUCAUCAACUGGACCAACGAAAAGAUCAAAACCACCUUUGUCGAUCGCAACAUGUUUGACUUCAAGUUCAUCGACACAUACCAAACGCACCUGGGAGACGAGCCCGGGCCUAUGGUCGUCUUUGCAUCGCCAGGCAUGCUGCACGCUGGUACAUCGCUGUCGGUGUUCAAGAAGUGGUGCCAUGAUCCCAAGAACAUGGUCAUUCUGCCCGGAUACUGCGUUGCGGGAACUGUCGGCGCGAAAGUUCUGGCCGGGGAGAAGCAGAUUCAGAUUGAUGCACAUACCCGCGUUGACGUUAAUAUGCAAGUGGAGAAUCUGUCAUUCUCCGCACACGCAGACGCGAAAGGCAUCCUGCAGCUCAUCAAGAUGUGCGCGCCGAGGAACGUCAUGCUGGUGCAUGGCGAGAAGAAAAAGAUGGCGCUCCUGAAGUCCCGCAUCGAAGCAGAUCUGGGCAUUCCGACUUUCGAUCCUGCAAAC